CGUGUAGUAGUUAGAUUAAAACCAAAGAUAGUGAGAUAGCUGCUCUGGCUCCGGCUCCCUAGACUAGACUACCUCCAGUUCGAAUAUCUAUAUGCUUCCGUACUGCACACUGUACUGUAUAAAGAGCAGUUGUGUUCUGCUCUGAGGCUGGUGGGGUCUAAAUUAGAAACUGUAGCAGGUUCCAAAAAUGUGCUCCUAAACUUCAAUGGAGAUCGACAACAAACUGUCGAGAUUAUUCUCAAAAAAGAAUCGGCAGUCAAAGAGUUUGGACAAAAAGUUGGCGAUAUCCUGUCAGCAGUUUUUCACACAAUCGAUUGAGUUCCGCCCGGCUAGCCAACCGGAUUCACAUAUUGAAAAUCUCAAAUCACGUUACACACCUUUGAACAAAAUCACUCUCACACCCUCCGAUGUUUCCAUGGAAACCGAUUCGACAACGUCCAAUUCCAAAACCACACCCGAUUCCGAUGUUGUUCCGACCCCUUGCAAAUCGCUGUACAAUGGCGACGACCUCAAUAUGUGUUGGAAGAGAGUUCGCUCGAUAGGGGCAGGGCUAUCCAAUAUGGGCAAUACUUGCUUCUUGAAUUCUGUGCUGCAAUGUCUUGCAUACACACCACCCCUCGUCAACUAUCUGUUGUCAGGGGAACACAAGCAAAAAUGUGGUCUCUCGGGAUUCUGCACAAUGUGUGAGUUCCAGAAGCACUGUGGUCAAGUGCUCACUGCCAACUGUGUCAAACCAGUCUCCAUUGUGCAUCACCUCAGAGCCAUCGCGAGGCACUUUAGACUCGGAAGACAAGAAGAUGCUCACGAGUUUCUGCGCUAUUUCAUCGAUGGACUGCAGAGGAGCUGUCUCCAUGGUUACCCGACCAAGCUGGACCCCCACUCCAAGGCAACCACUGUCAUCCACCAGAUCUUUGGCGGCUAUCACAGAAGUCAAGUGAAGUGCCUUGAGUGCCAGCGUACAUCCAACACGUACGACCCCCUCCUGGACAUGAGUCUGGACAUCAAGAACUGCACGGCCCUCUCCAAAGCUCUCCACCGCUCCAUCAAACCAGACCUCCUGGAGGGAGACAACUCCUACGCAUGUCCAUACUGUAAGAAGAUGACCAAGGCUCAGAAACGGUUCACAAUCCAGCGUCUUCCCCGCGUGCUGACGAUGCAACUAAAGAGGUUUGACUUCAACUCCAUGUUCGGGGGCAAGAUCAACAAGACGGUGGCUUACCCUGAGCACAUCGACAUGAGGCCUUUCAUGAGCAGCACACAGGGUCCCAGUGAGUGGUACCGACUGUACGCAGUGCUGGUUCACUAUGGCUUCUCCUGUCACUCGGGACACUACUACUGCUACGUGAGGAACUCUAACAACUGCUGGUACUGCAUGAACGACUCGCAAGUCUCACAGGCUAGUUUGUCGACUGUCUUGCAACAAGAAGCCUACCUCCUGUUUUAUAUCAGGGACGAGAAUCAUGCCCCUCCCAGUGGGGGGUCUUCCAAGUCACAAGCUGUGCGGAGUGAUCCUAAAUUCUUGUCUACUCCUAAAAAGACGGCCAUUGGUCUCGACAAAACGGGUACACCCUUUGUGCAGAAGAAACCCACUGGAGUUGUCCCUCCGUCCCCCAAGAUCAUUACACCUCCCAAGAUGUCCUCGAAUGGAAAAAUCACGCACAACUUUAGCAUUCUGCUACAAAAAGCGUCAAUUUCCACGGCAACCAGCAAGACCACGCCUACUUCAUUGGAAUCAAAUAAACCGGUGUUUGUUCCAAGACAGAUAAAGGAGCCGUAUAAAGUGAAGAGAAGUCUGAAAGAUAAAGUCAAAAAGAAGUUGGUUGUCCCUCCAAGUUUGUCGUCACUGCUCGAGAUGGAUGAAGACUCCAAGGAUGAUAUUCAACUCGCUGGUUCCAUCCAGGCUUCAAACGUCGCUUCCCCUAAAGAGCGACCAACCAGAUUCAUUGGCCCUUUGCUUCCUUCUCCGACACAAAUCUCAAAUGAAGAAUCUACCUCUGCUGUUGCUCUUGUGUCUCCAAAGUCCCAUUCCGGAUCCAUGCUUGGGUCCGGUUCCGAGCCAACACAGUCCCAUUCCGGAUCCAUGCUUGGGUCCGGUUCCGAGCCAACACAGUCCCAUUCCGGAUCCAUGCUUGGGUCUGGUUCAGAGCCAACACAGUCCCAUUCCGGAUCCAUACUUGGGUCUGGUUCCAAACCAGUGGCGUUGGUGCGACCUAGCCCUCAUAUCGAUGAUUCUAAAACAGAGAAAAAAAUUGAUCCUCCACCGACGAUCGAAUCCACACCUUCACGUCUUACACUCAAGCACACGCCCACACCUCCACUCAAACACACCCUCACGCCUCCACACAUAUCUACAAACCACACCCUUCCUAACUCUUCGCCGCAAGUGGACUCCACUACUUCCGGAGAUGUUCUCACCUCGCCUAAACUGAUUCCGUACGGACCAGACCUCUCUAGUGAUCAUGUGACAUCUACCCUCGGACAGAACACACCCUCCCCGAAAUCAAACAGCAAAUUCAAAUUUACCUCCUCUCUAAAACGCUCGAAGAAGAACAAAAAGAAACGAUAUCGAAAGCGUUCACAAAGCGUUGAAGAAAGCAACCAUGAAAAUUCCUCAGAUGAAGUUACUUCAUCUAAGAGGCGAGAAAGCGAAAAUGGUGGCCAUAAAAAAAGAGACAAGAUCCGAAACAAAGAACACAAGAAGCAUUCUGUCAGUAAAUCACCAUCUAGGGAGGGUGUCGAAUCGUCACGGAAACAUGACAGACGUCAAAGUCGCUCAAGAUCUCGUACCCCUCGGAGAAGAAUCUCCCAUCCUCACACUGCUCCCGCUGUCCAUCGCCGUAGAUACCACUCGUAUCGUGAUAUCGAAAAGGUUAAGCGUUCUCGCUCUCGCUCUCUACAUCGAGAAAAAUUGUACUCAAGUGGUUCUAGUGGCGAAAUAGUUAAAGGCCACGAUUCUGGUAGUGAAAGGGUUAAAGCCCAUGAUUCUGGUGGUGAACGGGUUAAAGAACAGCAUGGCGACGAGGAACGUCGACUCAAGAAGAAGAGAAAGAAGUAUCACAGUGAUGACAAGAGUCCUGAGAGGAAGAGACACAAGUCUGAGAGCUCUGGGGAGAAUGGCAAGCAAGGCCCUGAGAUAGCCUGGGACAGUGGUAAGAAGGGCCAGCUGGCACAGUGGGACGGCCUCAGGCAGUCCGACGUGUUGGAGCAACUCACUAGUCAGGACAGACUGGGAGUCAAGUCUUGGGAUGGUGGUGCUAGUGUGCUCGGAUGUGGCCCCCCCACAGAGGGGCGGAGGGGGGACAGGGACACCUGGGACGAGGAACUCGACAGGGGAAAGGUCAAGAAGGUCAAGACAAGAGUGUCUGGCGACGACUUUAGCUCCACUAACAAGUUCCAGGACAUGCACGAUCGACGCGGGGGCGGGGGCUCACACUAUUACAAGGACAAGGAUCACAAACAUCACAAGCCUCACAAACCCACUCACAAGCCUCACAAAUGGCACCACCGUCACUAGUUGUGAACUUUUGAUGAACAUGCACGAAGAGAAUCACCCACCACCCACCUGCUCUAAUCAUGAUCUUUUUGUAUUUAGGCACCAUGCACAAUUUAUAUGAUGUACGUAUUAUUUAUAAUUAUUAUUAAACAAUUAAGAGCAAAACUUAUAAUUUAUGCUAUGAAAUGGCUUUUAUGUCGUUACGAUUAAUUAUGCUUUAAUUACAAAUUAUUUCUUUAAAGAAUUGUUUAAUUGACUGACAA